AUGCCAAAAAUCGCCAUUGUCCAAGCCGGUACAGUACUCUAUGACAAGUCUGCAACACUGGCUAAAGUCAAAAAAUAUGUGGAUGAGGCAGCUGGAAAUGGUGCAGAAUUGGUUCUAUUCCCAGAAGCAUUUAUUGGUGGAUAUCCGAAGUGGAACAAUUUUGGGAUCACAAUGGGUACAAGGACACCAGAAGGAAGGAAGGAAUUCAAAAGAUACUUCGAAAACGCUAUCGAAGAGCAUGGCGAAGAAUCAAAGGAUUUGGAAGCGCUAGCUGGUCAGAAAAACAUUCACAUCGUGAUUGGAGUUGUAGAACGGGAAGCAGGUACUUUGUAUUGCUCAGUUUUCUUUUAUUCGCCUGACGGAUACCUUGGAAAGCAUCGAAAACUGUUGCCAACGGCACUGGAAAGAUGUGUAUGGGGCCAGGGGGAUGGGUCGACGAUGCCGGUGUUUGAUACGAAGGUUGGAAAGCUCGGAAGUGCGAUUUGUUGGGAGAAUUAUAUGCCCCUUUAUAGAAUGUCGCUGUAUAAUAAGGCGUUGGAAGGGAGAUGCUUCGUAGUCUCCGCUUGUCAAUUCCUCAAAAGCUCCGCCUAUCCAUCAGAUCACGUUCUCCGUAAAGAACACGGAGACGAUACUAUUCUAAUCCGUGGAGGAUCUUGCGCAGUUGACCCACUUGGAGCCGUUCUAGUUGAACCAGAUUUUACACAAGAAACCAUUCGAUAUGCAGAAUUUGAUUUAUCCGAUAUUGCUCUUGGAAAAAUGGAUUUGGAUGUUGUUGGACAUUACAGUAGACCUGAUGUCUUUCAACUUACUGUGAAUGAGAAACCAAUGAGUACAGUAACCCGGAAUUGA